GAGAGAGAGAUUCAGGCAGCAUGGAUGGCAACUUUUGGUACCACCGCUGGCUCUGAAGGACCUGGCGGAUGAGGGGACUCAAUUACUAUAGCAAGUAUCAGCUCUUGUAUCCCAGGCUCAGAGGUAGAGAUGCCUUAGUUGGAGACGUACGUUCUUCGAUUCCAUAUCUAAAAUUAUGCAUAAAUUGUCAGCUCUCCAGUCCAGCUAUGUAUUAAGGGAACAUGAUGAGCUUCCCCCUGAUACACAUAAGAGAUAUUCAAGAUUGGUGAGUAAAACAUUGCCUAUAACUUCAGACAUGAACUAUCCAGGGGAAGAUGGGGCUACGCCAAGAAGCUUUGUAGAUGAAUGCUAUUUGUCAGCUCUCUGCCGUUCAGCGUUAAAGGGGAGCCAUGAUGCCCCCGUGAAUUCCGGUGAACUGAUUGAGUUCUGCACUCGGCUCAGGAAAGUUGACCAGGAGCUUCAGGAGAUGAGAGAUGUCUACCGAGGUUCAGGUCUCCCGUCUUGUGACCAUAUUGAGCUUAAGUUAAAUGGAUUACUCCAAUCGGUUGUAUUCCUGCUCUUCAAAUAUCCAGCGCUUAAAUCUCACCCAGUACAGGACGCAAUGACCCACCUAAUCAAUAGAGUGCGAGAUGCUAAUGCACAGAUUGGGCCUACAGAAGGGCGGAAAAGAUUUAGUGAAAUUUUUCGGGAUCUGGAUGCCCUGGAGAUUAGCCUUGGAAAUGAGACCGUGGACAUGUUCUUAAAUGACUCCAGUCUGGCAAACUCCGAGAUGCAACAUGAUGAAGAAGAACCACUGAUCAGUACUCCUUUGGAAAUAAAUCGUACAACAAAUGACCGGGAUGGGACUCCCUUAUCUACUGAAGCAGAUGAAAUUCUCAUAAGUAAUGAGGGAGGAGUAGAGUAUGCUCUGAACUACGCCAAACGCUGGUGUAAAUACGUUCGGGAAAUCCUGGCAUACAUUGAGAAGAAACUCAGCUAUGAGUCUGAAUUUGCUAAGAACACCAUCCGACUGUGUGAGUCUACUAGGAGCAGCCUUAACCAACAGACAUGCAUGCCGCUACAAGAUGUCUACCUCCUUCUAUUGGACCAUGAAGCCCAUACUGGAAACUCAGCCCUUGAAACCGCGGCCCUGUUACAGAUGAAGAAGUAUUGUCAACCAUUAUUAGCAAAGAAGACAGAGAUUGAGAAGUGGAGAAAAGAGUUUAGGGAGCAAUGGCUCAGAGAACAGAAAAGAAUGUUAGAUUCUCUGAGCUCAUUACGUAAGGCCCGUCAACAGUAUGUACAACGAUGUGAAGACCAUGAGAAGGCCAAGCAACUGAGUGCCAAGAUAGAAGAAGAGCAGAGCACAGGAACCUACCCUGGAAGUGCAAACAAACUUCUGGAGAAGCGUAGAAGGUCCCGUGAAGAUGCUCAGAUCAAGGCACAUGAGGCUGAGGUCCUAUACAGAAGCUGCGUGACAGAGGCCAAUGCCCGCAGCGAGCAGCAGGAGAAGGUCCGGCAGAGAAUAAUAUCACACAUCAGGAAGCUCAUUAACCAGGGGGACCAGGUGAUGAAGGAGGUGACGCAGAACCUUAUGCGUAUGAAGCGUACACAGUGUGAAUCUGUGCCCUCUGGAUAUGGCAAUCUGCUCAGCCUAUGUGAACCAUAUGAAGUUGGAGACCGAUAUCUUCAGUUUGUCUUGACGCUACCACGAAAGCCUAUAGAACCUGAAAAAUUCACUUUCCUUGAGCACACCCCUGCAAACCAAAGGUCAUCACCUAGUGGCAAACGGAAAAAUGCUGUGCAACUCGUCCGAGUGUCGUCUUCCUUGUCUGACCUCAAUAUCAAAAUUGAUGAGACAGGAACAAGAAUAUUGCCAGGAGAACGAAGCUCCUGGGGUAACAAGAUUCUGCCCAGCGAUUCUGAGAGUGUAGGGGGCAGCAGCGAGUCCAGAUCUCUAGAAUCUCCCUUUGACAGUCCAGUUCACUUUGUGAGGAAAGUGGCCAAAGCCUCCUCCACGGGGACCAUGUCUUCGGAUGACCUUGAAGAGAGAGAUUCCUUCCAUUCCUUCCAUGGAGAGGAUGUAGACUCUACAGAUGCCUACUCCGAGAAUGGCUUGCAGCUACACAGCGCGGACAAGUGGGUCAAGUCACCAGCUGGCCAAACCCACCGACUUCGACGUACAAGAGUUCCAAGCAAAUGCAGAGAGUGUGAAAACUUCAUGGUCUCGGGAUUUGAGUGUGAGGAGUGCUACUUGACUUGCCAUAAGAAGUGUAUGGAGAGCUUGUUGAUCAAAUGUGGUCAUCGGAAACUACCACCCAAAAUACCUCUGUUUGGUGUUGAUUUUCAUGAAUUCCCAAGAUACUUUCCUGAGGAGGUACCCUUCAUCAUCACCAAAUGUACAUCUGAGAUUGAAUUACGGGCACUGGGGCAACAGGGCCUGUAUCGUAUCAGUGGGGCCAAAGCUCGGGUGGAGAAACUUCUGCAGGCAUUUGAGAAUGGCAAAGAUCUUGUGGAUCUGUCGGGACAUUCACCUCAUGACAUCACCAGUGCCCUCAAACACUUCCUGAAAGAGCUCCCGGACUCUGUGGUCUCCCAUCACUUGUAUGAGAAGUUUAUGGCCUUUUCUAGAGACUUCCCUGAAGAUAAGAAUGAGCCAGAAAUUCGACAAGAGGCCAUCCAGCAGAUGAAGGAUAUUCUUUGUCAGCUUCCAGCUAGUAACUACAACACAUUGCGCCACCUGACAGCUCACCUGUACCGAGUUUCAGAAAGGUUUGAAGACAACAAGAUGAAUCCUAAUAACUUGGGAAUUAUCUUCGGGCCCACACUGAUUCGCCCAGCGCCUGAUCAGGACAAACCUAUGACCUGCUUGUUGGAUUCUGGAAGCCAAGCACAAGCUGUAGAAUUCCUUAUUAAUAACUACGAAAAGAUAUUUGGGAUGGAUGAGAUACCUGCAGCAGGGCGUCGGGAAGUGACCGAAGACCCAUCUGAGGCCGAGAUGGAUGAGUCCAUUAUAUCUGAGAAUCCUGCAGAAGGUGGUGAUUACUGUGCUGAUAUAUCAGAUUUGGAUGGAAAAGAUGGUGAAAAGGUCUACCUAGGAGAAGAAGAAGACGAUGAAGCAAGCCUGUCUGAAAACUCAACAUGUUCCAGAGGUCAUUUCAGCCGUAUGCCAGUAAAAGUUUCGCGUGGUGAUCAGGCCAAGGGAUCAAAUAGUCAACCUAGAACUGAGGAGUGAAGAUGAGGGAGCUCAUCAUGUUGGACAUUAUACAGAAAAACCAUGAGUGGAAAAACUGGAAUUUCUAAACAAAUAUUAUAUUGGAAGGAACCAUCUGGUGUCCUUCCAGACUUAUUUCUCUUGUUUACAAGUGAAAUUAUUGCACCCUAUAUCCUGUAUGGGAACUGCCAAAGAUUAACUAAAUUCUGAGGAACAUAUUUCUGGUUGAACACCCACCUCAAAUAAUCUUUGAGAAGAGUUUAAAAAAAAGUCUGAAGACUAGGAAGGUACAGUGUAAGAUAUAAUGGGGACAACAGUUGAUCUUCACAUCUUUUUUACGUCUCUGGAAAAUUUGGAGCGUUCAGAUGAUCAUGUCUAAGGACCUUCAGUUACCUGAAUUUCUAGCAGUUACUGGGUCACAGGAUAUGGUUGGCCUGCAGAGAGCUAUAUUUCGGUUUAAUGUGGGUUAUAUGUGGGUUCCCUUUCAAAAGAGCAAACAAAGGGUUUUGAAGAAUUCUAAAUUGCCAGGGUAACAAAGUAGAAGCAACUUUCCAGCAGAUGCUUGCCUUUUGAUCAUUUCUGAGGUCAUUUUUAUAAAAUAAAAAAAACAAA